AUGGCAACUGUAGCAUGGAGACAUCUUAUACCAAAAUUAUUUUCUCGUUUAAAUCAUCGGGAUAGUUUUGUUCGAGAUUAUGUAAAAAAUUUCUUCAUAGGUAUAGCAAAAGUCAUUCUUUAUUCAGUUAUUCUUGGAAUGACUGAUCAUUCGAAAAUGCAACGAAUGAAAUCUCGAGAUGAAAAUAUUUCUAAAAGAAAAUCUCUCAUUAUAUAUCGUUCAAAUGAUGAAAGAUCACAAAAUGAAAUUGAAGAUGAUGUUGAAAAACAAGAAAAUCUUUUAGCUAUACAAAAUAGUUUUAGACUUAUUUCUAAUGUACUUUCGGAAACAAAUGCACAUGUUGUUGGACAAGUGAAAUUAUUUGUAUAUCAACUACAACAUGUUACUGUUUUAUGGGAUGAACUUUGACAUGUUUAUGCCCUUAAAGAUGAACUUCAUCGUCUUCAAUCAAUGACACAUUUAACAAAAGCUGAAAAUGAAUUUUUAAUCAAAGAAAAACAAAAUGUUUUAUUUAGAUCUUUCAUUACAGUUCUUGAAGCAGUUAGUCAAAUAACACGUUCAUCUGCUCAAACAUCACGUGAACGAACUUUUCAAAUAGAUUAUAGGUAA